CUUUUCCAAAACCAAGUAAAUUUUUUUUUCUCUUUUAUUUAUGAUAAUUUCUUUUGAUACUCAUCUUUAUCUUCAUCAUUUAAUUAUCUUGCCAACUAAACAUCACAAUCAACAACAACAAUUAGUAAAUUGUUCUUUAAAUUAACCAAAAUGGCUCAAUGGAAAUGGAUCAAUUCUCAAUCAAAGAGAAGAGAAAAUAAUCAAAUUCUAAUCAUUACAUGAACAGAAAAAGAGAAACUGAGUCACUUUAUCUUCUUCUUUCUCUUCAUUGUUUUUCUCUCUCAUUAUUUACUCUUUUCUAGAUUAAAUCAUCUUCACCAUCAUCAUCAUCCUCAUCAUCUUCAUCUUCUUCUUCAUCAUCAACAACAACAACAGUAAUUAACUGUGUUUUCUCUCUGUGAUUGUUUACGCUUCUCCUCUGGUUCUUUCUCAUUCCUUUUCUCUCCCUUGUCUUUUUCCUCUUUCUCUCUCACUGUCUUCUUUCUCUCUCUUCGAUCUCUCAUUCUCCCCCUUCUCCCUCUCUCUCUCACUGAAUUAUAUCCUUCGUAUUAACCUCCUAGUUAAUAAUCAUUAUUAGUUCAAUACAAUUAAUUCAAGGUAUUUUCAACCUUGUACCUUGAUCACCUUAGUUUUGUUUUCUAUUCUGUUUUGUUGUACUCCUUUUAUUGUCACAAUUAGUUGAUCAUUUUUCUUUUUCUACCAUAGAAUUUGUUAAAUAAUUUUCUAUUCUCUUUCUCUGUUGAUUUCUCUGUAAAUUGUGUUCUACCUUCUUGUUGACUUUUUUCUUCUUCUCUAAUCAACAUCAAAUUCUGGUCAACGAUUGUUCACAAUUUGGGUUUUCUCCCUUAUUCCAUUUGCCUUUUUUUUCUAUCACUUUGUGUACCUCCUUUUAUCUCCCUCUCUUUCCACACUUAUCAUUCUUUUCUCACUCACAUUUACCUCUCCAUCUCUCUCUCUCUCUUUCUCUCUCACUCCUUUGCCUGUUUUUAUAUUCACCAUUUCUUGAUUUUCCCUUGAAAUUACUUUCAUUCUGUGAGCUACAACCACCUAAACAAUUACAAUUAUCCAUUGGCUUCAAUUAUCUAAGUUCAUCAUAUGUUCAAAUUACUAAAGUGAAGGAGAAACAACAAUCAGCAACAAUCUAAUUUGAUAAAAACAUCAUUGAACCCUUUUUACUUUAAUCAACCACCACCACCAUCAUCAUCAUCAUCACCAAGUUGAAACCAUCACCGAGAGAGAACAACAAUCGAUUCGAAAACAAAAACAAAACAAAAACUGGAACUUUGAUCUCUUGUUGACCAUUGGAUGGGAGAUCACGAUCUCACCGAUAAAAUGAGAGACAUUAACUUAACGGGACACGAAACUGGGACACCGGUCAGAUGUGGCUACUAUGAUGUUGUACAAACCAUUGGAAAGGGUAACUUUGCUGUAGUCAAAUUGGCAAAACAUAGUGUCACCAAUAGCAAGGUUGCCAUUAAAAUAAUCGAUAAAACAUGUUUAGAUGCUUCUAAUUUAAAAAAGAUUUGGAGAGAAAUUGAAAUAAUGAAACGAAUUGGAAAACAUGAGAAUAUCCUUAGAUUAUAUCAAGUUAUGCAAACGGAUAAAUAUCUAAUGCUGGUCACUGAAUAUUGUGCCGGAGGCGAAAUAUUUGACCAUUUAGUGGCCAACGGUAGGAUGUCCGAACCUCAAGCUCGAGAAUAUUUCCUUCAAAUUGUCAAAGCAAUUGAAUAUCUACAUAAUAAUGGAAUCGUUCAUAGAGAUUUAAAAGCCGAGAAUUUAUUGUUAACUUAUGAUUUAAAGACUGUUAAAAUAGCAGAUUUUGGUUUCAGUAAUUACUUCAAACCUGAUAGUCUUUUAACAACAUGGUGUGGUUCACCUCCAUACGCAGCUCCUGAAUUAUUUGAAGGUCGCUUUUAUAAUGGUCCCAAAGCUGAUAUCUGGUCAUUGGGGGUGGUUCUGUAUGUCCUAGUCUGUGGAGCCUUGCCCUUUGAUGGACACACCUUACAAAGCCUUAGAUCCAGAGUAUUGGUUGGAAAGUUUCGUAUUCCUUACUUCAUGUCCCGAGAAUGUGAAUCGUUAAUCCGUCAUAUGUUGGUGGUUGAACCAGAGAAACGAUAUUCAAUUCAACAGAUUAAAAGUCACAAAUGGAUUAAAGCUCAUGUUCCUAAUCCAGAGGAUAAUCCAUGGAGAGGAGGAAGUGGAUUAAGGCCAGAAGAGGGUGAAGGAGAUAAUUACGAGUCAGAAGCAAUGACGAUAAACAAUCAGAUUGAAAUUGAUUGUCGAUCUACAAAUGAUGAGAAUAAUACAAACAAUCAGAAUUUAAUUAUUAACAAUCAAACUGGUAAAAUGAUUAGUAACAGUCAAAGUUCACCAAAUAUAAGUCAAUAUUUAACAGGUCGCGGAUUAAUGACCGGAAUUGGUGGGACUGGAGUGGGUGGAGGAGGUGGAGGUGUGAGUAAUGUUUUGAGCCUUUUAGGAGGUGGAGGAGGCGGUGGUGGGAUCGCUUAUGGGGAAAUGAUUUCUUACACCGGAGGUGAUAUUGGAUUAGGAGAUGGAAUUGAUUACAAGGUGAUUGAAUGGAUCGCCAAUGAAUUAGGCCUUGAUAAUCAGGAAGUAAUUUAUGAAUCGGUUCGUAAUUCAAGUUACGAUAAUUAUUAUGCCAUGUACCAUAUCCUUCGGGACCAUAAUAUAAUCCAUGGGUAUACAUCACCUUGUUCCAGUGCACCUCCGUCUCCGCCAUUAUUACCAAUUGUGGCUGCGGGACAACAGAGGAAAUCAUCAAUCACCACGGGAAUUGUUGAAAGAGAUUCAACUCCCACCUCAACGCCAGUUACUUCACCUAAAAGCACCUAUUUAACUGCCAAUUCAGUGGCCACUUCGGCAAACACUCAACGUCGACACACAUUUGGCCCUGAUGGAACCACUUCAGCCACUGACACCUCACAAACCAUGUUAACACCGCCCUUGCUUUUCCUAACACCGCCAACAACCAACACGGGAACCGGAGCUUUCCCAACCCAUAACCUAACAAUGGCACCUCCCAACUACCCACUCAAUAACAUGGAUCUACUUAAACCACCGCCGGUCCUUUUAAUGGUUUCCAAUAAUUUAGGUCGUCGUGCCUCUGAUGGUCAAGCUAAUUACUCCAAUAUUUCCAAUCAGCCGGGUAAUUUACCGCUAACCUCAGAUUCACCAGUUGAUAACAAUCAACAACAGCCAAUUUCAUGUGCCUCAACUAAUAUGACAAAUUUACAACAACAACCAACCACUUUUUUCCCACCGGGAAUGGUUUUCACUACAAUCCAACAACAACAACAACAAACCCAACAAUAUUUAUCAGGAGAUUCUGUACCCGGUGGUAACUCUGCAACAUCAACUCCAAGUCCACCCACAGGGUUUGGUAAUACACCUCCGUUGUUUUAUGGUGAUUCCACCUCCAUCUCACCACCAUAUUCAUUUUCACCAUCACCAGUUUCCAUGGCCACAGGUUAUGCUGGUCAACCCACCAUAAGUACCGGAGGCUGUACAAUUAUGUCAUCACCCUCAUCGUCAAUUAAUUGUGAAUCAAAUCGUUGUAACGAUAAAUCAAAUCGUUCGUAUCCAUAUUCACAACGUAAACGUAAUUCAUUAACCGAUUCCUCUGGUUCCCGUCAAAGGAGAGCGGGAAUUGUCACCGGAUGUAUGGUAUCAGCAGGUUCAUCUGAAAGGACUCGUCGUCGGGCCUCAGACGGAAGUGGAGUUUGCUGUAAGCAGCAUUCAUCAUCGCCGCCAUUGUUAAUUAAUUCAUUAUCGUUCUCAUCAUCAUCAGCAAACUCAUCGAACCAGACAAAUGCUGUAAACCUAAUGACAAACUGUUCAGGAUCGGCUUCCGGAUCAACUCAACCGCUUUCAAUUCAAUGUUUACAAUCAGAACUUAGGUCACUUUGUGUCUCCUCUCCGCCCUCCAUACAAACCUCACCGAUCCACCAGCCGAUCGGCUCAUCCUCACCUUCACCCAAUAGCUUGACCGCUUCCCCACCGCCGCUUUCAUUACAACAAAAUGUACUUCAAAUGAUCAGCGAGGAAAACAUAAACUCCAGUUCAGGUCAAUUAAUGUCAAUCAACAUGAGCACAGCCAACAAUCAACAUAACGAUGAUAAUAACAAUAAUAACUACGAUAAUAGUAAUACAAUUAACCAUAAUCAAAACCUAAUUAACAGUAAUAAUCAUAAUAGUAAUAAUAUUUAUACAAAUAACAAUUUCAAUAGCGAUUAUCAUAAUAAUAUUAAUAAUGAUAACUCCAAUCAUGUCAAUGAUAAUAAUUGUAAUAUUAAUGUUGAUUAUGGUUUCCAAUCGUGUCCACCACCACCACUCCCACCUCAUGGUCAACCCUCUGAUUAUCCUUCAUCUUUACCUGCUUCACCUUUACCCUUCCUUGGAUUAACCUUUACACCACCACAAUCAUUUCGUUGUUCACCCGUUUCCUCCGACAAAGAAUCGUCAUCUUCCUCUUCCGGUCAACCUUAUCCUCAACAUGGGAUCACCUCAACUGCCACCACUUUGGCCAAUGCUGCAGCCGCAGCAAUUAAACAAUUCAAUCUAAAUGCACCGAGUAUUUCGGUCACUGAUGAACUUGGAUUCUCAGCUCAUUUUCCCAUCAUUCCGCCGCCACAGGGAUUUGCUCAUUCGGGCCCAUGUCCAAUGGAACCGGAAAUCUGUCAUCUAUCCCAACCCAAUCUCGACCAAUCAUCUCCAGAUGAUAUCGACCAUCACUCUUAUCAACCAUCUCAUCAUCUCUCAUCUUCCGGGUCACCUUUCAAUCCAAAGAUACAAACGACUCUUCCUAAACUCCAUAGGUGGAAAGAGGAUCCAGAUAAACAUACGAAACACUGUUCAUAUGUUCAAUCAUCGCUACUUCGACAAACAUAUCCACCAACAAUCAUCCCGACUCCUUAUUUUACACAGAACCAGCAAUACACUUCGUUACAGAACUUCAAUCACCUUCCACAGGCACAAGACAUUGACGAAGAUAUUUCCAUAGACGAUUUAUUUGUGAACGUUUUCCCAACCCAAGCCUCAGGGAACAGUUGAGAACUUUUUCUCCGCACCAAAGUGUCCACGAAAUCUCAAAUCGAAUGCGAUAGCUCAUAAUAGGAAAGAUGGAAAACUAAAUCAUAAUUAGAAAGUCGACAAUCUGAAAUAUCGAUACAUUCGAACGAUAAAUCAGAUUCAAUCGUCACAUCUUCUGUAUUCAAGCUUUCAGACUGUUCUCAUUUCGAUGAUCAUCAACUUAUGGUGGAUUUUAAUUGUAUGACAGUUAACAUGAUUUACUUUCGAAGCUCCAAAUCUACUUAAUCAUUUCAUCCCCUUCAGGCAUAUUCAUUACUCUCGAGAUUACAAUAAACUUAUUCGCAACAAGUACUUGAUAUUACACCGAGCAACUAUUUUAUCCCGACUGAUCCUGGUUCUAAUCAAAUUACUUAUUACUGGUUCACAAAAAUUUAAUUGUUCUCAUGUUAAUUAUUAGUGAUUAGCCAUAAUCUUAUAAAUCAACUUUCGCAGCAACAGAUUGAAAGGUUAACAAGAAGGAGGAUUUUAAAUCAAAAUAAACCAAAUCAAGGAUAUUUAAAGAGUAGGAAACUUAUGGAUGAUUGAAAACAACUGAUUCAUUGUCUUAAUCACUUUGUUAUAUUUUAAUUUUUGAUUGGCAAUCAAGACAAUUUGUUAAUGAAAACAAAAAAAUUUCACUAAUUAAAACAAAACAUUUUCACUUGUAAA